UUGGCUAAUUUCAGUACAAUUCGAAUUUUCGCAUGUAAGACGGUGGGAUUUAUUUUUUUUUUUCAUCGAACGCAAAUGCAAUGUUCAGCGUUCGUCUUUUUUCGCGAUAAAUUUCCUCGGUAAAUGAGACGAUUUUUAGCGGAAUAUAUGUGCACGCAGUGGUCAUUACGAAGACUUGUAUCAAGUAGUUGGCCUAUAAAAUUGUUCUGAUAAUCAUGAAUCUCCACACGCUGUUUCAGGAUUUCAAUCCAAGUAAAUUUUUGGUACACUGCUGUUUGAUGAUAUUUACAAUCUUAUUUGCACUUCGUUUGGAUGGUUUCAUAGAAUGGAGUUAUUGGACUGUAUUUACUCCAAUAUGGUUCUGGAAAAGCAUGGUAAUUUUGGGUGCUACUGUUGGAAGUUAUGUUUGGUGGAAACAUCCACAUGCGAGAUUGGAAGGAGAUGCUUAUAUACAUUAUAAAGCAAUGUUGAUUACAUUAGCAUUACAUUUAAUUCUGUUAAUGUUUGAAUUGUUAGUAUGUGAUAAAUUAGAAUCUGAAAGACACCUUUGGAUGCUUGUAUUUAUACCACUUAUCUUCAUCUCUGCUGUAUCAAUAGUUGUUUGUAUAUGGGCUGCAAAGCACGAUCGAUUAUUUGAUUUUGAAUUAUUUUGUGCAGUAAAUAUUCUGCAAUUUAUUUUCUUAGCAUUAAAACUGGAUGGUAUAAUUACAUGGAGCUGGGAAGUAGUGUUUGCUCCCCUUUGGGCACUGUUAUCAUUAUCUUUAGUUGCAGUACUAUAUGCAAUAGUGUUUGCUGCUGUUUUAUUAAGGACUCCACAGAUUAAUGCCAGACAAAGGCGGACAUCUUUGUAUUCAGCAUUGGCAUAUACAUCUCUUGUGGUUCCAGUCCUAGUGUUCCAAGUACUAUUAGCAAAUAAAUUAGAUGGAGAUAUUUCACUGAAUUAUACAACAGUAGUAAUGCCACUUUUAAUAUCUCAUGUAACACUUAUUUUUAUGUCAUUUGAAGCAAAAGGAGGAAACAUAUGGUGGUUUGGUGUUAGGAAAGAUUUUUGUCAUUUUCUAUUGGGAUUAUGUCCACUGCUCCAAGAAUAUGGUAAUAUUUCUUACCAACCACGAAGUGAGCAGGACCAACCACCAUCAGAUCAACCAAUGGUGUCGGAAAAAAAUGAAAAAUACGUUAAAAAAAUCGACCUAAUGAAACCCGUCGUACCUAUAAUUUCUAUCGAUAUGCCGGAUUGAUUAUAUUGUUUAGGGUCUAUUCCGAUAUAUGAAAUAUUUUUAUCCAUAUGACUGGUUCAUACCAGAUGCGAUAUCUUACUAAGUGAUGGAUAGGUGCGUAAAUAAUAACAGAAUUAUAAAAAGAAGUGGGAAAUUGUUAUUUUCGGUACGAUAUGAAAGUCUUGUUAUUGUUAAACAUAUUGUGCGCUAAGGCAAUCAUAAUUAUAUUACCCAUUUUAUUCAUGGGGUUUAAGCCUUACAUGAUCAUUGUAAAGAUUUGGUAGAAAAGAUCUUGAAAGGUGUUUUAAUACGAUCUACUUAAAGAUCAUGCGAAAGUUCAAUAUUGGAUGCAUCUACAUGAAAUGCCCCUAGAGCAAAUUUAGCAGUCGCAGUGCUCAAAAUCAUUGUCUCUUAAAGCUGCAUCAAUUCUAUGUCUAUCCAAACACUUAAAUUAUGCGUAGAAUAAGCAACCAACCCGUCCAUUUGUUUGAUUGCUCCUUUAUAAUGAUAUAGGAUAAUUGGCGACCUAUUUUAUUAAGCCUGUUAUUCGUAAACUUUACGUAACGGUAGCAUUAUUAUUACUUUGCCAAAAGUAGUAGAUAUAAAAUAAUGGUGAAUAUGCCUAAGCUGGUGCUAAAAAAAUUAAAAAUAUCAUAGAUAUGUUUUAUAAGCAACUGUGAACUGUGUUUAAAAUUGAAACUAAACCUCAGUGUAUCGUGAUCUGUACAGGGCUAAGCUUAAUUUGUAAUAUAUUAUAUUUUAAAUAGAUUUUCCUGCAGAGUGUCGUGAAUGUACAUUUGAAGCUUGUUACCAAGGAAAAUCUUUCAUGUAAAUAAUACUCCAAGUUUUAGAAUUUGUUAGCACUGUACAGAUCAUGUCUAAGAAGUUUAUUAUGUAUAUAGCUAAGUUUUGAUUAAUGCGUAACUGUCUGACUUUUCGUUAACAUAAAAUUUGUCAAUAAUUAUUGAAUUAUUUGUAAAGAAAAUUUGUAUGUAUAUAAACGUAUAUAUAAAGAUAACAUUAAUAGUAAAAAGUAAAAACGAGUAAAGCUGUGAACGAUAUGAAUAAUUACGAUUUUGCAUUAUGUUUUACAUUCUCUUUUAAAGAUUACCGUUUUUAUCUUACAUUAUUUAAUAUUCAAAAUUUGUAUUGUGAAUAAGACAUGGUUGUAUUAUUCAUCUAGUAAAUUUCAAGAGAUUGUCGCAAUUAAUGAACAAAAAUUGUUGACUACACGAAAAAGUAAUAAAAUUAAUUACAUUUUAUUUUUAUUCUCUUGGAGACGUUUUAUUAUAUAUACGAGCCCUUUUUCGAAUAAUUUUCAUUUUAAUAACAAAUUUUAAACAUACAUCUGUAACGAGUAUGUUGAUGAUAUAUAGAACAAAAAACAAAAGUCAUACAUUUACAUUAGAAUAAUUUUUCUACAUGUUCCUAAAAGUUUCGCAAUAUUUCUCAUAAAAAUAUUUAUAUUAAUAUUAUCAGAGAGGUAACCAUUUUAAUAUUAAAUAUAAGCGUGUUCAAAGGGCUCUGUUACUUUAAAUGUUAAAUUAAUUUUGAGUACGAUUACUACUUAUCAGUUGCUUAACAGAUGCUAAUGAGUAACAAAUACGUUUUAUAAUCGAUGAUGUUACAAAUAUAUAGCAUGUUGGUGGUACAUAUUGAAUAAUUUAAAUUCUAUCACCUUCCUUUUUAAAUUGCUAUUUAUUUCAUUGAAAACUGAAAAUAUUAUAAUGUACAUAAAAGUAUAAUAUUUGUUCGACACGAUCUACGUGUUAUGUAUUAUAAUAUAAGAGUUAUUACGAUAUAAAAAGCGAUGCAGAUUCUUAUUUACAAUUAAAAUAUAAUUUAUCAUAAACUUAGCUGAAAUUUGCAAAUUGUUCGAAACGUUAAGAUUUUAAUCGGCCUUAAUGAGACGAUAGAUUGGAUAUAUCUGCUGGAAUACAAGACUGAGCGCCUCGCAUCUUUAGAGUAGCAUAAGUAAAAUGUAAAAAGAAAGAAGAUGAAACGAAAUAAUUGAAAAACAAGUAAAUAUUAAGGAUAUUAAUUGUUAACGUUAUUAGAUAUCGUAACUACCUGAUCGUAUACUCAAUCAAAAUUUUGAGAUAUCGUAUACCCAAUGAUUUAUUGUGUUAUAACGUAGAAAUAAUGUACAUACUCUGUUGUAUUACAAUAACAUUAUAGACUAUAUUAAUUAUUAUGUAUUAUACAUAUCUAUCAUGCGUGAUGAUUGCUAAAUAUGUAGUGGUAUUAUUUUAUUUUAUAUACACUACACGCAAGAGAUACCAUUAUAAUCUAAUAAAGUUUAUAUUUUUGGUAUUAACAGACACGAGCAA